AGUGAGUUGUGGGGGUUUAAGGAGAAGCCGGAGACUAAGAAGGUUUCUCAGGGCCUCCUUCCUGCUGUCUCUUCAGCUUGAGUUUUUGGUUUCUGCAUGCUCUGCUCCCCCAGCCUGGAGGGUUCUGGGGUAUUCACCUGGUCCCUUUCUUUUACCUUUUUGUGGCAGGUCCAGCCUUUUCUUCCAACGUGGUUGGCUGAGCCAAGCUGUGUCAGAAAAAAUGUCACUGAAGAUCUUGUUCCAAUCGAGGACAUCCCGGAGGUCCACCCUGACCUGCAGAAGCAGCUGCGGGCACAUGGCAUCUUAUCCUACUUUCCAGUCCAGGCAGCUGUGAUUCCUGCCCUCUUGGAGAGUGCGGCCAAUGGGUUUUUAGUGGGCAGAGGUGGCUACCAGCCCAGUGAUCUCUGUGUUUCGGCCCCAACAGGCAGUGGGAAGACGCUGGCCUUUGUCAUCCCUGUGGUGCAGGCACUUCUGCAGCGAGCAGUGUGCCACAUCCGUGCCCUGGUCGUGCUGCCCACCAAGGAGCUGGCCCAGCAGGUGAGCAAAGUGUUCAACAUCUACACAGACGCUACACCUCUGCGGGUUGCUCUGGUUACUGGACAGAAAUCAUUGGCCAAGGAGCAGGAGAGCCUCAUCCAGAAAACAGCAGAUGGCUACCGCUGCCUGGCUGAUAUUGUGGUGGCCACCCCUGGCCGCCUGGUGGACCACAUCGACCAGACUCCAGGAUUCAGCCUCCAGCAGCUCCGCUUCCUGGUUAUUGACGAGGCUGACCGCAUGAUAGACAGCAUGCACCAGUCCUGGUUGCCGCGGGUGGUGGCGGCAGCCUUCCAGAGCGAGUGCCCUGCAGACCCCUGUGCUCUACUCCAGAGAAAGCAGCCCCUGGCAGUAACCACUGCUAGUACCUGCUAUCCCCAGAUGCCUCUGCAGAAGCUGCUCUUUUCGGCCACUCUGACCCAGAACCCCGAAAAGCUGCAACAGCUUGGCCUUUACCAGCCUCGGCUUUUCUCCACGGGGCUGGCACAGAAGGGACCCAGGGACACAGACAGCGACAUGGAUGGGGAUUCAGGUGGGAAGUACACCUUCCCUGUAGGACUCACGCACCACUACGUGCCCUGCAGCCUCAGCUCCAAGCCACUGGCCAUCCUGCACCUGAUCCUGGAAAUGAAUUUCUCACGGGUCCUCUGCUUCACCAACUCCCGAGAGAACUCCCACAGGCUCUUCCUGCUAGUGCAAGCUUUCGGAGGUGUGAGCGUGGCUGAGUUCUCCUCCCGCUACGGGCCCGGCCAGAGGAAGACAGUCUUGAAACAGUUUGAACAGGGAAAGAUCCAGCUCCUCAUCAGUACCGACGCCACCGCCCGAGGCAUCGACGUGCGGGGUGUGGAGCUGGUGGUCAAUUACGACGCUCCCCAGUACCUGAGGAUCUACGUGCACCGGGUUGGGAGAACAGCCCGAGCUGGGAAAACUGGACAGGCCUUCACACUGCUUCUGAAAGUGCAGGAGAGGAGAUUCCUGCAGAUGCUGACAGAGGCUGGGGUGCCCGAGCUGGAGCGACACGAGGUCUCCAGUGAGCUCCUGCAACCGCUAGUGCCUCAGUAUGAGAAGGCCCUGUCCCAACUGGAGAAGACCAUCAAGGAAGAGCGAAAGCAGAAGGUGGCCUAGCCUGGGGCUUGGAGGACCAGAACGAUUGAGCCUUUUGUUCCCUCCUGCUGGAUAGCAGUCACCAUCUUUACCCUCCUGGAAAAACCCUGAGCACUGGGUGCUGCAUGUGAGCAAAAGAUAUUCCUCGGGGUUUGUGAGGAAGCAGCCUGCAGUCAGAGCCCAGAACAGAGGUGUGUUCUAGAAGCUUAGGCUCAGUCCUGAGACUUAAUGAACUGUCACUUGCAUAGCUUGAGGCAGCAGAAGUUGGGCCUGAGGUUGGGUCAGUCUUUUUGAAAAUAAAGCUUUAUUUUAGUAAAACUGUGAAGACUACCGCAGAACUGGUGGAAUGGCAUCUAGGGUUAGCCUAGAGCUGAUUUUACAGACUUAGCUCUUCUAGAAAUUUCAGCAUCUUCACCAUUUUGCGUGGGAAAAGUUGCCCUAAGCGUCCCUUGCUCAGGUCCCUGGGUGUGAGGUGGCUGUGCCAGCACAGUCUUGCUUUUACCAAAAAUAUUUAGAAACAUGCGUAGACUCUUCCCUGGCCCCCACCAUUUGCAACCCCAGGAAGGAGAGGUGUUCUUGAGAAAAUGUGUCCAGCACUACAAGUACCGUAAACCAGAGAAAGCAGCUGUGUAGUCAAUAGUAUUUUACUUUGUGAUUAUUACCCAUGUAUAAAAUAAACGCACGGCAUGAGAAAGUCUUUGUUACAAAUGUACUGGAAACAAGCUUUAGAUGCACUGAUUACUAUUUAUAAGAAUGCUUUGUAAUGAAUAUUUUAUGUACUAAAAUUAAAGCAAACUUUU